CAUUGUAAAGUGAGAUGGAUCGCUUUCGAUUUCUUCUAUGCGUGAUUUUCGUAUUGUUCACUUUCUGCGUCCUGUUCAGCCAGCCUCUAAAAGGCCAUCGGCAAAUUAAAGCUCCAAGAAAAAAUUCAAAACAUCAACAGAAGAGAAAUUUCAUAAUUAAGUGUUGCGGCAAAUCAUCUUGCGUUAACGUUUUACCCAAGCGUGCGCGACAAUCUAGCACUCAAAUGAAUAAUUUAUCAUCAAAAAAGAAUUCUACGGUUGAAAUUACUUCCGGCACAAGCGCAGGAGAGAUAUUAUUUCAGACAACAUCAAAUUAUGCUGACAAAGCGAGUGAUAGUACCCAACAGUCAGUAGAAACGACAGAACAAAAUAUUCCCUUAGCCACUUCAGAUCAAGAAAAAGGAACAGAAACUAUUUUAAUUCCUCCAGAAUCAGUCACGGAUCAUAUUGUAGCCUCAUCUACAGAUUUUCCUAUAAUCCAAAAAACAUCAACGUUGGCCAAGCAAAGUUUAAAAACAACACAUUCUUCCUUCACGAUUACUCAAGCAGCAACAAUAUCUGCAUCACUUCCACCUACCGAAAGGCCGACCACCACAACAAGAGCAGCAAUAUUAACAACGUGGAUGAUGCCAACUUCCACUAUCUCCACAAUGAACUUGUCUACACACACCACAAUCACUUCCUCCAGUGCUGACAUUUCUUCUAACACCAAAGUCCUCACUACUACCAUUGAUCCAAAUAUAAAAAUUUACGAUUGUUUGGAAAAUACGUGCAAGAAGAACGAAUCAUUGUUCUACAAGGACGGGCGACUUAUUGACGCAAAUGAUUAUGGGUACUGGAAUGAAGCGUGUGGCAUUUUGUAUUUGUGGGGGAAAUCAGUGGUUGACUGGCAAACAAAUUACAACAAAUGCUGCAGUCUUGGUAUGAUGCCGAUCGCUUUAGAAAAUGACACAAAAAAGGAAUGCUUAGACAAUUUAUCUAAACCCUCGGUGUGGAAAUAUAAUUCAAACUACUGGACCGCGGCUCGCAAAACUAGAACAAACGGAACAUUUCAAUGGUGUUCGCCUAAUCAAACGAAUUCCGACUCAAAAUUUGACAAUUCGUCGUCGUAUUGGCUACCAGGACAGCCAAACAACUUUAACGGAGAAAACUGUGUGCACCUGCAAGUGAAUAAAAGCAUUGGAAGAAUGUAUUUAACCGACAAAAACUGCUCUAAUUUCUACGUGUUCGGCUGCCAAGGGAAGCCUACACCAUCGCCGCCAUGCUUUUCUCCAAAAUGUCCCACAUUCGGCUGUGACAAAACUACUUCAUUUUUCAGCACACUUCCUGAUGGUAAAACCCAAUACCUAACAAAACCAAUCAACCAUGGCUUCUGGUAUACAAUCAACGGGAGGACCUACGUGUUUAGUUCAGUGAAACAAACUUGGUUGGAUGCUGCGAAAGCAUGCUGUGCAAUUGGGAUGAAGAUUCUCAGCAUUGAGUUUGACUACGAAUACACUAAUUUAAUUGCCGCAGCCAAAAAUUCGUCGAAUGCUGAGGGCAUAUUUUGGACCUCUGGAAGCGAUGAAGGGUGCGAGGGGAAUUUCGGGUGGUGCGCGGUGAACAAACUGGUCAGAAGUCAAGAGGCCAAGUGGUAUCCAGGGGAACCGAAUAAUUACAACGGCAAGGAAAACUGCAUAUAUCUCAAACUGGGUAAAACUGGAGGAACGCUCUAUGAUGCGGACUGCUCAACCAGCCAAAUGUACAUUUGCGAGGCGAGGGACACGACUAAAACGACUUCAAGCUCUGAGGCAAUGGUGGACGAGUGCGGAGCAGCUUUCAACGUCUCCAGAGAUGAAGCCAAACAGAUAUUCAAUACAACAAAAUACUCUCUUAAAAUCAAAUGCUUUCUGAAAUGCAUGGGAGAAAAUGGAGGAUUCAUGCUGAAUGGAAAACUGGUUGACGAGAGUAUUUUAAUGAUGGCCGAAAGUAUGGCAGCUAAUGCUGCGAAAAUGCAAGAAAACAUGAUCGCUGUUUCAACUUGCAGUUCAAAAAAGGGGAUGGACGAGUGCGACACGGCUUCAUUAGUCUUCCAAUGCGGCCAGGAAAAUGCUCCAGAACUUGUUGCCAAUAUAAUCAACACAGUGGAAUUAAAUACGUCCUCAGAAGCAGUUCCUCUACGAGGCCUUGUACCUAAGUGCCCGACUGAGUAUGACUGUGUUUUGGACCCGCAAAUGAGAGACGAUUAUUUAAAUAAUAGAGCUGUGGCGAACAAUGGAACAAUUUUCACUGCAUGCGGAGUAAAGUAUAUGAUCCAGUUUGAUAAGGUUUCGUAUGAAGCAGCAGCUUCAUUGUGCUGUAAAUAUGGCCUCAAACUGGCCUCUUUCAGUAGUCCAAGUGAGCUCUUGUGCCUGGUUAACAAAUCAAUGAGCACGCUUCCCGUCGUGGAAUCCCACGCCUGGCUGGCGGCAAGUAGACUUGGAGUCGCGAAUUACGCUUGGUGUUCAUCCAGCAGCCCGUUCAACCUGAUGCCCACAAUAUCCGAUCACUACCCUGAACGUUCAUCUAUGCCCGACUGGUUUCUUAUUUCGGUCAGAUUCGUCGUUGAAACACAACCAACGGAUAUUUACAUUGCCCAGGAGCGCACGGCAAGCAGAUUGUUACCUUUCUGCAAGCCUUGAAACUUUAAUCGUUUUAUUAUUAAAAAUGUUCACUUGGGAAGUUAAAAUGUCCCUUUAUGAGUGUAUAAUGCAAAGAAGUUUGAUUAAAAUUGCUAUAUCUAUAUCGUACCUGCAGAACAAGUAAUAAAUUGGACUUAACCUCGGUGCAGAAAUGUUGACAUUAUA